CAACUGAUUGACUUCCAGACCAUCUUCAUGGUGGCCAUGUCCGUUGGCUUUGUGGGGCUGGUUUCCUGGGGCAUGCAGAACGCUUUGGGGGCGCAACAGGGCAAGCGUAAGGUACGGGGUGCGCCUUCUGCGCCUCGAGUGCCUGUUACUAAGGCCGAUGCCUCGUGGUUAGAGGGAACCAGCGUUGGUGCCGCGGGCGGGGGCAAGCGAUCAGGAAAGAAGUCCAGAAAAUAG